UUCACCCAUCAUUCAUGUGGGCAAGUGUGCACGUAUGUAUACACGCGCCCACACGUACACGCUUUCGUGCACGUUCGAUAAAGGGGAUAGAUGCGCGGUUUCCCUCGCUCGUACUGCUUAAUUUACCGCAGAAUGGGGAGAUUGGUCUAAACUAUAUCUCUCUCGAGGCAUAGACGCAACCACACAGACACACAUAAACAAACACACACACGCACACAUGUACACAAGCAUGCGCGCUCAUACACACGUCAUUCAUACAAACUACGUGCCUCCGUGCAUGUGUACGUACACGCAGUAUCCCCCCUUGCUAUCAUAAAAAGGAUAAAAAAAAAAUUUUUUUGAUAACAGAAAACGGCAUUGGUGGCCCUUCCCAACGCGGCAACGGGAAGUGGUAGAAGAAGAGGAAGAAGAAGAAGUGGAGGAGGAAAGAAAGAAAGAAUGAAAGAAAGAAAGAAGAAGAAGAAGAAGAAGAAGAAGAAGAAGAAGUUCCUAACUACAAUCGUGUGACUGCAGCAGCAGCAGUAGUAGACUCACCCCGAGCGGGCGCGGAGAGGAGAGGUGUUGGCUCCUGUCGGUGUACCCGCGCUGCCUCGUGCUGCUGCUAUAUACCGAGUAGUGUGUUGCUGUCGCUGUUGCGAGUGAGAGAAAGAGAGGGAAAGGGAGAGAGAUAGAUACACAGAGAGGCUGCGGUGUCUCUUAAUACUGUAUAGGUCGCGUGUGCCUCUUUAGUUUUCGAGAGAUAGAUAGUAGUGCGUUCACUUGGUUUUAUUUAUUUGUUUAGAAAAACGAAAUAGCUAAAUAAAAAAACUUCGGCAUUUUAAACUUGUGCGUUCACCGGGGUUUAAACUUCACGACUUCGCAACGUAGGAGGAAUACAAGAAGAAGAAGAAUAGAAGAGAUAGAUGGAAAGAAAGGGUAUAAAUACCUCGCCUAAGAGGAGGAAGACUUGACAGAGUAGACGAAAAGAAGUGGGGAUAUUGACCUUCUUCCGUGAGACGCUCGUAUUUUACUGAUAAAUCGUUACUUCAAGAAGCAGGAGCAGUAGCAAUUGAAGCAGAAGUAGCGUUGACAUCUUCUUCUACCAACUUCGGGUGACAGAGGGGGGCCAAAGAUGCGCAUUAAACGUCCGAAAGAAGUCUCUUCGCUUGUGCAUUAAGGGAGCCGCCAUGACGCGGCAGGAACGGAGAUGGAUGCCAGCCCUGGAGGACUCCCCUCGUGAGCGAUGCACAGAACAACGAUCCAUCGGCGGAUUUCGCAGAUGAAAGGAAUUUCAUCGACUCACAAACGAUCGGAUUCUUUGCUCUCAAAGGCGAGGUGAAGGCCUUUAGUUAUUGUUUCCUGUGAGCGGCAGCAGAAAUGAAAAAUAAAAUAAAAAUAAAAAGAGGUUAAAUGCUGAACUAAAAAGGGGUCUCAGUGAAGAUUUGAUAGAUGAAUUGGGAUGAAACGGAAUCGGAAAUAUAGUUUAGAAGGCUCAUAUAGUUAUAGAAAAUCGUCUUUAUAUCGUGACAAAGUCCUAAACCUCAGAACUCAUGCACUGUAAGACUCACCGUUUUAUUUAGCAUUUAAAAAAAAAUCCACUGAAGUCAUAUUCUGCUAAGAGGACCUAAACGUGAUUUAUCAUUAGAAAUGGAACAAAUGUGUCACGUUAACUUUCCAACAGAUAUAGUGUAAUCAAUUAUGAUAUAAUCCACAGCCAGACUAGUUUUAAAGACGAGGGGAAAAAAAGUUGUUCCGAAAUAUGCCCUGAAAUACUGAAGGAUGCCUCUAGAAGGUGUGGUCACAGAUUCAAAUAAAGGAACCAGCUGCGAGUGAAAAGAAAAAAAAGUCUCGAGAUAAAUUUCCCAAAAUGAUAUCGUCGAUGAUGUUUACCAAGAUGACGUCACUGGUCGUCACUGGACUGCUCAUCCUCAUAACGGCGCAAGGGUACAACGCCAACGGCCAAGGUCAAGGUCUACGAGUUCCAGCGGACCGGCGUCCAGUCCGACAGUCACCUGUGGUACUCCGGCCAGCCCCUGACCCAGCCCCUGAGGUCGGUGACCGUCUGCGCCAGGAUGAAGUUCUUCUUCCUGUGGGAGGUCUCGGGUUUUCUGCAGCUCUCGGACGAUUCGUCGGGCACGCUCGUUCACACCAUACAAGCGGGAUUAGUUGUGGACAAAGGCGGCGUUUUCAAAAUCAACCUGAACUACAUCCGCGUGACCUUGGGCAAGUUCCGCCGCUACCACUUCCUGAAGGAACGCCUCAGGGCCUUGACCUGGCACCACCUGUGCGUGACCUUCGGCAACGGGGUCAUGAUAUCCUACCUGGACGGAGAGGAGCAGGAUCGCCACAACGGGAAUCUAUCUGACGUCAUCACAGGGACGCAACUCAAGGUCGGGUCUUGGGACGCCGAUAAGAGCUACAGCGGACAGUUGACGCAGGUGAACUUCUGGAGCCGGAUGCUCUCCGCCGACGAAGUUGUCGCACAAGCAAACUGCGAAGACACCAAAGAAGGGGACAUCGUGGCCUGGAACGGCCCCUGGACGGCCGUGGGAGACGUGGUGGCCUCCACAGAAUCCCUGGAACAGCUGUGUGCCGACGCCACUGGAAACGACUACUACAUUUUCCAGGACUACACGGGUCCCGCUGCUUUCAAGAUCUGCAAAGGACUCGGGGGCUCCGUCCCGACGCCCAAGAACGAAGAGCAGUACCAGACGAUCAAGACGGCCAUCGACACCUACGAGGGCGCAGGCGGGCGGAUCUGCAGCCCCUUCUGGGUGGGAAUCACCGACGUGGAGAACGAGGGCUCCUGGAUACAGGUCACAGACAGCCAAAGAAUUCACCCGAAGUGGUCCGUGGCUGAGCCAGACGGCGACAUCCUGGAGAACUGCGCCGUAGCGGAUGGCCCGAGCGGAUUCUCGGACGCCCGCUGCGAUGACCCGAACUGCGUCGUCUGCGAGGUACCUCGAAGACCAGUCUGGACGCUCCUCGGCGCCUGCGAGCGAUUCAACAGAAACACACAUUUCAUCGCCCUGCAAGAUGAGAACGCCAGGUUCCUCUUCAGGGGUUACUCCGACUACCAGAUCGUCAAGAGUGAGGACACGGACAAGUGGAUCUGGUGGGACUGGCGCAAGAACGAGACGGUGGCGUCGUUGCCGGAACCGGUCAACGGCGCUCCCAUCGGCCGGCAGACUUGGACACUCCUUAGACCCAUGUGCGGAAUGAAUGCUGGCCAGGUCCGCCGGCUCCUGCUGACCCCCUGCGGCACUGGGAACUUCUCCUGCGACGACGCCUCUUGCAUACCGCUGUUCCAGAGGUGCGAUCUGAAGUUCGACUGCAAAGACAAGAGCGACGAGAGCGGAUGCCAGCUCGUGAAGUUCCCGCCCGUUUAUAGACCCGACCUCCCACCAGCCAUCAACAGCAACCUGAAGGCGAAUGAAUCGGCGCCCCUUCCCGUCUCGCUCUACGUCAUCAUCGAAAGCGCUGACGUCGACACGCCCUCUAUGCACAUGCACGUCAAUCUGAAUGUCUCCAUGACCUGGCAGGAGUCUAGACUCAAUUUCCUAAAUCUGAAUGAGGAUUACACACUCAACAGGGUGCCCUACGAGACCAUGAAGGACAUCUGGGUGCCCGUGAUCGACUUCACCAACACCAAGGGCAACCACAUCACGCAGGCGGACACCGAGGCGACCAUGGUCGUUAACAUGUUGGGCAAACCCAGCAUGGGCGACAAUAAGGAACCCGAGGAGUACGAAGUCUACGCCGGACCCGAGAACCCCAUCAGCGUGAGAAGAAAGUACAGCAUCACUUUUCAGUGUCAGUUUGAUCUUAAGAUGUAUCCCUUCGACGUGCAGUACUGCCACAUGGAACUGACGAUGCUGUCGGCCUCGAACCGCCUGCUGGUCUUCGACGAGGCGGCCACCGACGCCAUCUUCGAGGGCAACCCCAAUCUCGUCGAGUACUUCGUCGGGAACGUCGCCAUCGAGUACCUGAACGACAGGGACUUCGCCGUCAUGCUCGUCAAACUGCAACUGCUGCGCCGAUCUGGAUUCAUCAUCAUGAACGUGUACAUUCCUUCCUUGUGUCUGCUGGUGAUCAGUUACCUCACUCUGUACUUCACACUUACAAACUUCCAAGUGAGAGUCCUGGCCUCGCUGACAUCGCUCCUCGUCAUGGCUACUCUCUUCACCCAGGCCUCCUCCUCCCUCCCCAAGACGUCCUACUUCAAGAUGGUCGACGUGUGGCUGCUGUCUAGCAUCUUCUUCAUCUUCCUCAUCAUCGUCGUGCACACCGUAGUGGACAGAAUCCGCGAGUGGGAACUCCUCCCCCCGAGCCCUUCCAAGUCGAAGCCCUCCGACAAGAAGAAGGGCUCCGUCUCCCCCACGCCCUUGGUCAAAGCCGCCGAGCCCACGGAUGACGGCGGCACUGGAUCGCCCGAGGAGAAGAUGAUCCCCGAGGUCGAGGAGACCUCUCCCCCCGAGCUGAGGGAGAGGCACACCAUCGUCCUCUCCGUCUGUCAGCCGACGUCCCCCUCGGACGAUUGCACCAGCGUAGGGACGCCCAAGAAAUACAUCUACGAGGUGAUCAUCCUCGUGGCGCGGAUCCUGGCGUUCGUCAUCCUCAUCUUCUUCAACAUUGUUUAUUGGUCCUUGGUGUCAUCUUAGAGACUUAGAGAUCUAGAGAUCUCAUUGCGUGGUACGGUCUUUGGAUGGACAGGGCCUGCCCAAAGUCAUUCAUCGCCAUUGGUAUCACUGUGGAAGCUCUGAUUGCCUGAGGAGGAGGAGCCGGUGCGCUUUUAGUACAUCAUCACAAAAGCAUCAUGAUGCUGUCGCAUGGACGGUGAAUCUAUGUAAACUUGAUGGCAUCAACGGAAAUGCCCUUAUCUAAGAACACUGUGCAUUUGUAAGUACAAGAAAGUUAGUACCUUCAGGUUACCUUGGUUAAGUAGCUGACUGGAGGUGCGAAAUCUCUUCCCUGUAACUUGGGCGUGAAUCCCAACACUUGCACGAAAAGUUAGAUUACAGUCUUUGAAAACAAAUCCCAUUCCACUGAUAUAAAUCAAGUCUAAAGUCUUAUUAUAAUGUUGAGGUUUUAGACAGGUGAACAUACCCUCUUUGAAAUCUUCCUGUUCUCGCAGAGAUAGUUUCCCUCCUCGGAAAAUCUCUGAUGUUUUCUGAAGCAGAGGAAAAGUCAGCUGCUGAGUCUGUUAGUCGUGACCUCCAACUUUGGUGAGGUAUAACGAAUCACAGAUGAUGAACUUUUAAGGUUUAGAAAACUUCAAAUAUCAUUCUGCUGUUUACACUUUUGUCACAAUUCUACUUUUUAUUUCUCUUUAGGGAAGUAUAGUCAUAGGACAGUCGCAGGAUUUUAUGAUACCUGUAAAGUGAUUGCAGUAUACUAAAACCAUAUACAUGUAUCUUUGUGUGAUAUAGAUACUUAAAAUAUGAACCUUGUGGAUGUGGUAACGACCAUGCCAUGUCUGUGAAUCUGAACAGUCUUUAAAAGAAUUAAUUUUGUAAAUAGAAUAAGAUUCUAUUGUAUAGGAUCAUAAGCGGUAAUUUUAGUAUAUUCAUUUAUCUGUAAAUAAAGACAGUUUAUUUACAUUCAUAUAAACAGACAAGUUCUUAAAAAAACUGGUAUCUAAUGUUAUGUAAGUAUAUUAUAUAUAUAUAUAGAUAUAUAUAUACAGUCAGCCCCCCUUUCUUGCGUAACUUACGGUAUGUAAGUAGAUGAGGGCGCAUUGAAACUCCUUUUAUUCUCGGUUAAUGUACCCUUUCGGAAUACUGCAGAAGCACGCAAUAGCAUUUUAGUUCAAGAUACUAGGAACCAGAAAGUAAAGAAGACAGAAGAAGGUGUUGGUAAACUAGCUGAAAGGUCUUAAUGGAUAAAGAUUUUUCAAGCUAGGGUUGAAUAUCACUGAGUCGUAAAGUAUAUUUUCUUCAACUAGGAUAAUCAAGACUUGGUGACCUUAAUUUUUGCUCAAAUUAUAUUACGACACAAGUUGCUGGAAUUAGCAACUACUCCCUAAUACACUUACCUACACACACACACACACACACACACACACACACACACACACACACACUGACAAUUGUAUAAAAACUUUGGAUAUUUCAACAUCUUUAAUUUAUUUUCAUUUACUGAAGCACUUAUGACUAGCUUGUUACAAGUUUGGAAUUGUGAUUGCAGAUAAAUCUCUUAAUGGAUGGAAAGUUAUCUGAGGAAGAUGGUGGAAUAGUAUAUACAAUAUGCAUAAUGGUAUUCCUGGGAUUUCCUCUCAGCAUAAUGCUGUAAGCUGGCUUGACAAUCAGCAUUAGAAUGCUGACUCAGUGGCCUGUGUGAUUAUUCGCUGAGCUGAAAGGUGGUAAUAUAGUAUUCUUCAAGCCUAGUGAUCCAGAGGGCAAUGUUGGGAUGUAAGAACAGUGGUGUGGGUAUUAUGGCAGAUCAUCACUAUUGGUUGGCCAAAAUCCAGAGGUCUACGCUAGGCUCCCUACUCCCUUUCACACCUUGAUAUCUGUAUGGGCUGCCUUACAUCAAGAUCGUGUGCUGGAAUAAGCCUGCUUAUUCUAAACCAACCACCAACUACUCUGUAAUGGACAAGAAAGAUGUCAUUUCACUGUGUCAUGAGCUAAUUUUAAUGUCAGGUUUGGAAUGGCCACAGAAUAUCCCCCUUAAUUAUUACAAAUCCCAAGGAAUUAUUCUAAACAUGAACCAUCUGCUUGUGUCUCUAUGACACAUGACAAUCAUAAUAGCUUUGGUAACUCUCAGUCAUUAAUGAAGUUCUAAGGAGUAUUAAACUUAUCAAAUGCUCUCUUAAAUGAUGAAAAUGGCCAGCUAAACCCAGACAAAUCAUCAUCUUAGCCUUUUUUAAGCUUUUUGGUACAUGCUGAUAUGCUUCAAGAUUUUCUGCCCCAGUACCGCUGCGGUUAAACAGAACUGUAUAAGAUGCGGUUGAGCUGAAUUUUAGAAAGCUAAAACUGAACUUGCUUAUUAUUUAUUUCCAACGGAGACAAUACUUGGAUAUGCCUUUAUGAAGUUACUGCAAUAUGCAAGACUCGUUGAAAAGAAAUUUUAUCUACAAGUAUUUUUUUAAUAAGACAUUCACCUGAAAUAGUGGAACUACUCCAUAACAUGUGGAGUUGAUGAUUUUUUUAUACAAACAGUUUUUCAUUUUAGCUAACCAGAUUGACAUUCGUUUCUUUUGAUUCUCAAUAUCACCCAGAUGCAUAUUGUAUACAUAUACAUAUAUACUGUAUAUAUGUGUGUGCAUAAUGUUUAUAUACAUAUAUCUGCACAUAAUAUAAAAAAGUACGCUUAUCCCAGAUAGUAUCCAGUCACUCUGUGUACAGUUAUGGCUUUUCAAACAAUUAUCAUUCCCUAUUGUCAGUGUAAAUACUGUUCGACUAAGUAUGUCACUAUGAAAAGCUUGUCAUGGAAUCUGCUAUCUGUAAAUUAGCCAAGAAGCCUAAAGCUCCUUAAUUGUAUUUUCAUAACUCCUCCAUAAGUCCUUGCAAAGUCUUUCAAGCCUCUUCUUAAUCAAAGCCUUCCUUCCUUCCAUAUAGCCUCACUUGUGCAUCUACAGUAGGCCUGAGGUGCUUCUCCAGUGUAAGCCCAGUCACUGAGCUUUCUUCAUCAUGCCUUUAGACAUAGCCUCUUCGCUUCCGCCAUCGAGCUCAUCAUUUUUCUAAGACUGACAUCCUCUGAGAGACCUUCCUUUUGAUAAACCUACCCUUUGAACCCAGCUCCUAUCCCGAAACGUUAGAGACUGAUGUAGAGGCGAAGACACAAGACGGACACAAAGGAGGAGAGACAAUGAUCGAAAGUCGGCAGUCAGAAAGUAGCGUCGACUGAAGAGAACCCCUUUUCAUACACCUUCCCUCUUGGAUCAGUCCCCUUUCACUGAGAGGAGAAUUGCGAGGAGAAAUGCUAAACUUAAAAAAGACGGCCCUUUAAAAGUAAGGCGAGAAAUAUUUUGUAAAUAUUAUCCAUACUCUAAUUUAGAAAGGCGUACCAAAUCAAUUCUUUGGCAAGAGCCCGUGUCAGCUUAAGGCCCCCCUUUUUCUUCUAAAGAGAGGGGAAGACAACCCCUCGAGGGUGCUAUGGAGGCCUUGAAGUGAGGAGAGCCGCUACAGAGCACAACAGGAGAGCACCUCUUAUUAUAUAGGUUGUCGUCGGUGUAUCUCUCUCUCUCUCUCUCUCUCUCUCUCUCUCUCUCUCUUUCCAGUGGUUCUUGAAGAGUUCGUUCUUUUGUGUCGCGAAGGUGAAACACUCAUUGAGGGCUGCUCAAGAGGCCGCGUUUUUCAUAAGGCCUGUCUGAUCUGACAGCAGCAUCGAGGUGAACCAAGACAUACCCAAGAAAAAAAAACGUAAUGCUUUAGAGAUUAGUAGUUGAAGGACAUUUUGUUUUGAGCGCCUCAGUGGCGUGGGUAUGGUAUUGGCGUACCACAUGGGUGGCCGCGAGUUCGAUUCUCGGGCAUUUCAUUGAAGUGUGAGAGAUGUGUAUUUCUGGUGAUAGAAUUUCACUCUCGACGUGGUUAGGAAGUCACGUAAAGCCGUCGGUCCCGUUGCUGAAUAACCACUGGUUCCAUGCAACGUAAAAACACCAUACAAACAAACAAACAUUUUGUUUUGCUAAUGCUGCCUCGUGGAAAUCUGAAGAGAGACUAAGACGUGAAGAAUGAAAGAAUUGACGCUUACGUUCAUUGUAAACAAUGAACCGACGGCUGAAGAAAUCUCAAUUUUUAUGUUUGCGAAAAGUGACUUCAUUUGUUUCUUUGACUCAAAUGGCCUGUACUUUA